AGCACGGCCAACUGACUGCCACCCGCGCUAGCUCCGCCUCUGAGCAGCCGCUGUAGCUGAAGCAGGAAACCGGGUCCGGAAGCAGAAAGACGCGAGGCGCAGGCGUGGAAGCGGCCGGGCUCUUCCCGGCGAGGUGAGGGCUGGAGAUGAGCUGCGAGCUGCUCACGCUAGACUGCCUCGUCCACGUCUUCUCUUACCUGGAGGCACCGGAUCUGCUCCGCGCCGCGCGGGUGAACCAGGCAUGGAACGAAGCCGCAGGCACAACUUCCCUAUGGCGAAGGCUGUGCCUAGAUCGAUGGACCUUUUGCAAUAUUUCCAACCUGACUCCAGGUAUGCAGACAUGGAAACAGUACUAUCUCCACCGCUCCAAACUUGAGCAUGAAAUGGCAUCAGGUCGGCCAUCAGCUGAUUAUAAAUGUUGCCCCAUGAGAGGACAUAAAGGUAAAAUAGUUGGUAUGGCUUAUCUCUCAGACAACGAGCACGUGUUUGGUGGUGGAAAGCUGAGAUCUGUGGUUUGCACUGCAUCUACUGAUGGCACUAUCCGAGCAUGGCAGGUCCAAGAGGGUACACAGAUAUGGUCAAGUCCAUCCCAGGAAGUGCCGUUUAUAAAGGUUAUUACUGUCCCAGAGUACAAACUAGCAAUCAGCACAGACGCCCGUGGAACCAUCAAAGUCUGGCAUGGAGAAAGUGGGGAAGAGCUUGCUGCAUUCUCCACAUCAUCAUCCUCGUCCACUUUGGUUACCUACUCAGUGAACAACAAGCCCUUCCUCACUGCAGCCACUGCAGGAGGUGUUAUCUAUACGCUAGAAGUUCCUAAUCUAAAUCAGGUUUCAUGUAUUACAGCAUUUCAAAACUCUAGCAUUGAUUUAUUACUUUGUUCACCAGACGAGCAAUGGCUAGUUGCUGGUUCUACUGAGAAUGCAGAUACAUCUUCAAAGAUAUUUUAUACAGAUUGCUUGAUUAACCCAGCAGAUGAAUCACCUGCAUCUGGUUCGCUGCCUGUCAACAAUUGUGAUGUAGGCUGCUGGUUACCAAAAGCACCAGCAAGAAUAGCAGUAAUGCACCAAGAUCACAUGUCAGUUCAAAGGAACAUCACAGUGUUUGAUCUAGCGGUCAAAAAGUCUAAAUAUAAAAUGGAAGUUCUAGCUCAACAGGUUGCAAGUUUCACACUACCAGGAAGAACUUGGACCACACCAAUUCUCAUGAAAGGACAUGGAACAGAAACAAUUCUUCUAGGCUGUGGAUCAAAUCUGGAACUAUAUUCAAUUUUUGGGACUCAGUUGGAAGCUUUCCAGCAUCACAACAAUACAAUCACUUCAAUCUGGGUGGAUGCUUUUCGUGUUAUCACAUCAUCUUUGGAUCUCUCACUCCGUGUGUACACAUGGAAAAAAGUCAACAAAAUCUCUUCACUGACAAGUCGCUAUUACUUACUAGGGGGAACCCACAGAUGGUCAAGGGGCUUUAUGGAUGUGGCGUGUGACAACAUCAGCAUUGUAGGUGUGGUGGCUGAAAGUGAUGGAACAAGUAUUUUAAGAGCAUAUUCCUUUAACCUGUAAACAGUUUUGGGUGUUUGCUUAGCAAAGCUUUCUUCUUUUAAGUACAGGGCACUAUGUAGGGAAAACAUAACAUACUGCUAGUUCACCAUAAAGCCUUUAAGGAUGAACAAAGCUGUUCCCUUGGAGCACCCCCAUUUUAAUAGAAGAGAUGCUGAGGAGCACCAUGAAGCUAGGUCCCCUCAGUUGUGGUGGUGAAGUAAAAGUCUGUAGUGGCCAUAAAAAAAUGCUACCACCUCUCUGGCAUAUAAACUUCAGUAUAUCAACCACAAUGUUUACUAGAGGUCAUACCUACGCUGUAUUUUAUCUAGUCUAAUUAUGGAAUUAAAAUAUUCCUUUAAAAAACACUUUAAUUUCAGUAAUGCCAUCACUAUUUAUAUUGUAGCCUUUAGAAUGCAGUACCUCAAUAAGUAAGCCUCGCUUUCCAUUAUGAAAACUGAGGUGCUCUUAUCCUAAAUAAAGAGUCAUACAACAGUUUAAAAUUUAUUGGAUCUGCAACAAGUACAUGGAAAAUACUCAAA